AUGGGUUAUACUGAUCUGGACCAGUUGGCGAUUAACACCAUCCGUGUUCUCGCGGUUGAUGCCACCUCUAAGGCCAACUCCGGUCACCCCGGUGCCCCUAUGGGCAUGGCCCCGGUGGCCCACGUUCUCUUCAACAAGUUCAUGAACUUCAACCCCCAGAACCCCGACUGGGUUAACCGCGAUCGUUUCGUCCUCUCCAACGGCCACGGUUGCAUGUUGCAGUACGCUCUCCUGCACCUGUUCGGCUACAAGAUCACUCUGGAUGACCUGAAGAACUUCCGUCAACUCGACAGCAUCACCCCCGGUCACCCCGAGGCCCACGAUACCCCUGGUGUCGAGGUCACCACCGGUCCCCUCGGCCAGGGUUUCUCCAACGCUGUUGGUCUCGCCAUCGCCCAGGCCCACUCUGGCGGUGUCUUCAACAAGCCCGGCUACGAGCUUUUCAACAACCACACCUACACCUUCUUCGGUGAUGGCUGUGCUAUGGAGGGUAUUGCCAGUGAGGCUGCCUCCCUAGCCGGCCACUUGAAGCUGGGCAACCUGAUUGCUAUCUACGAUGACAACCACAUCUCCAUUGACGGCGACACCAAGUGCGCUUUCACUGAAGACGUCACUAAGCGUUUCGAGGCCUACGGCUGGCACACCGUUUGGGUCAAGGAUGGUGACAACGACCUCGCAGGUAUCGAGGCUGCCAUCAAGGAGGCCCAGUCCGUCAAGGACAAGCCCUCCAUGAUCCGCCUGACCACCACCAUUGGUUUCGGCUCCAAGCUCGCCGGUACCGGCGGUGUUCACGGAAACCCCCUCAAGGCGGACGAUGCUCAGCACGUCAAGUCUCAGUUCGGUUUCAACCCCGAGGAGAGCUUCGUCGUUCCCCAGCAGGUCUACGACCUUUACCACCAGCACGCUGCGGAGGGUGCUGCUAAGGAGCAGGAGUGGAACCAGCUCUUCCAGAAGUACCAGCAGGCUUUCCCCAACGAGGGUGCGGACCUUGCCCGCCGUCUCUCCGGCAAGCUCCCCGAGGGCUGGGAGAAGGCCCUUCCCACCUACAAGCCCAGCGACCCUGCUGUGGCCUCCCGCAAGCUGUCCGAGGCCGUCCUCGAGAAGAUCCACGAUGUCAUCCCCGAGCUGCUCUCCGGCUCUGCUGACUUGACUGGCUCCAACAACACCCGCUGGAAGAACGCUGUGGACUUCCAGCCCCCCCGACACGCCAUGGCUGCUGUCAUGAACGGUCUGGCCGCCUACGGAACCGUCAUCCCCGCCGGUGGUACUUUCCUGAACUUCGUUUCCUACGCCGCUGGUGCCGUCCGUCUCUCCGCUCUCUCUCGCGUCCGUGUUAUCCACGUCGCGACCCACGACUCCAUCGGUCUGGGUGAGGAUGGACCUACCCACCAGCCCAUUGAGACCCUGGCUCACUUCCGUGCUCUCCCCAACUGCAUGAACCUGCCCCAGCUGGAGAACUCCACUCUGGAGAACGCUAUCAAGGGUGGUUACGUCGCUGUGGACACCCCCAACGCCGCUAUCACCAUUGUGUCCACCGGUUCCGAGGUCAGCAUCGCCAUCGAGGCCGCCGCUUACCUCAAGGAGAAGCACAACGUGGCCGCUCGCGUGGUGUCCAUCCCUUGCUUCGAGGUCUUCGAUGCUCAGGACAAGUCCUACCGCCUGUCCGUCCUGCCCGACGGUAUCCCCGUUCUGUCCGUCGAGGCUCUGUCCACCAUGGGUUGGGAGCGCUACUCGCACGAACAGUUCGGUCUGAACCGGUUCGGUGCCUCCGGCCCCUACAAGAAGGUUUACGAGAAGUUCGAGUUCACCCCCGAGGGCAUCAGCAAGCGUGCUCUUGCCACCAUCGACUUCUACAAGGGCCACAAGGUGCGCUCUCCCGUCAACCGUGCUUUCCAGCAGCUU